CACGACGUCACCAGCAUCCAAUAUGCCCGCGUUGCUUUGAUUCCAUCCAUUCCAUUGAGUAAAAAGACAUGUAAAAUCCACAUUUUUAAUUGGCUUCGCGGUCAAUGUGCAUGUGAUUAAUUUAAUGGCGUUCCUUCGCAUCUCCUGCCGUCUUCAACCAUCAAUAUCAACUGCAACUUUCCUCAGACCACGUUGGCAACUUCUCUCCUCAGUUCAGUUCAAGCCUCUACCAAACAGACGCUUCUACGCAUACAAUAUGGCACAACACGGUCACAGUGCUGCUUGCUGCAGCAUUCCUCCUAUUGUCUCCAAGGGUUAUGAAGCCAAGGGAAAGUACGAGACUAUUGGCGGCUUGAAGACUUAUGUCACCGGCCCAGCCGAUGCCUCCAAAGCGCUCCUCUACAUCUAUGAUAUCUUCGGAUACUUCCCCCAAUCGCUCCAAGGAGCCGACAUCCUCUCCACGUCCGACAAGGACCACAAAUACCAAGUCUUCAUGCCCGACUUCUUCGAGGGCAAGCCUGCUGAUAUCUCCUGGUACCCACCAGACACCAAGGAGAAGCAGGAGGAGCUCGGGAAAUUCUUCUCUAGCACCGGCGCCCCCCCGAGAUCCGCCGCUAAGGUGCCGGGCCUCUUAAAGGAGAUCGAAAAGGCGCACCCCAACAUCAAGACCUGGGGCGUCGUCGGGUUCUGCUGGGGCGGCAAGAUCGUCUCCAUCACGACCUCGACCACCGACACGCCCUUCACCGCCGCCGCCGAGUGCCACCCGGCCAUGGUCGACCCGGCCGACGCCGAGAAGAUCAAGAUCCCUCUCUGCCUGCUCGCCUCCAAGGACGAGUCUCCCGACGACGUCAAGAAGUUCGAGGCGAACCUGAAGGGCCCCAAGCACGUCGAGACCUUCGGCGACCAGAUCCACGGCUGGAUGGCAGCGCGCUCGAACCUCGAGGACCCACGCGUGAAGCAGGAGUACGAGCGUGGCUACAAGACACUCUUGGGAUUCUUUGCUAAGCAUCUGUGAGUGAGCGGGCUCUGAGGGCUGAAGCGGAACUUACCAUCGUAGGACUUCAAAUAGGCCGAAGAUUUGAAGAUUGGUAUCUAUCUUCUACCAAAUUGAUUGGGCUCCUGUAGCUAGAUAUGAAUCAAAGAGUCUUUAAAAAAAAAAA